AUGCCAUCAUCCCCUCCCUUUACUACCCUUUUUGAGUUUCCUCUUUCUCCUACUCCCACCACCGAUGUCUUGCCUGAGUCUCUCUCGCUAGAACUGCAGUCAUCUGAUGCCCUCGAAGCUGCUUCGCCUGUGUCCCCAAGUUCUUUGCCUGCGUCCCCAAGUUCUUCGCCUGCCUCCCCAGGUUCUGUUUCAUCUGAGGAUCCAGUCUGCACUCCAUCACCUGACAUUCGUCGAUCCACCCGAGUAAGAUCUCUUCCUUCCCAUUUACAGGAUUUUCAUUGCUUUCAUGCCUUAGCUACCUUGCACGAGCCUCACUCUUUUCGUGAGGCCUCCACUAACCCUCUUUCGCAGGCUGCGAUGAAAGAGGAACUUGAUGCUUUACACAAGAACAAUACAUGGGAUCUGGUUGACUUACCUCUUGGAAAAUAUGCGGUCGGGUGUAAGUGGGUUUACAAAAUCAAGACUUGUUCCGAUGGUACUAUUGACAGGUACAAGGCUCGACUUGUGGCCAGAGGUUUUACUCAGGAAUAUGGUGUGGAUUAUGAGGAGACUUUUGCUCCAGUUGCUCGCCUUUCUUUUGUGCGUGCUCUUUUGGCUGUUGCAGCCUCUCGGCAUUGGUCACUUUCACGUGGGUUGAACUACCUUCACAUGGGUGCGAACCACACAAUCAUUCAUCGUGACGUGAAGACGACAAAUAUCUUAUUGGAUGAGAAAUGGGUAGCAAAGGUGUCUGAUUUUGGGUUAUCCAAAAUAGGAAAGUCUGAAGCCCACGUCAGUACAAAUGUCAAGGGUACUUUUGGAUAUUUAGAUCCAGAAUAUUACCGACGUCAACAAUUGUCUCAGAAGUCUGAUGUAUACUCGUUUGGUGUAGUUUUGUUCGAAGUAUUGUCUGCAAAGCCACCCAUAAUACGUACUGGAGAGAUGCAAGCAUUGUGCCUAGCAGAGUGGGCUUUAGAAUGCUAUCACAAUGGAGAGGUUGAUCAGAUCGUUGAUCUAUCAUUGAAGGAUGAAAUAACAGUCGAGUGUUUGAAAACAUUUUCUGAGAUUGCGGUUAAUUGUUUACACGACAUUGGAAUCAACCGACCAUCGAUGAAUGAUGUGGUGCGGGACCUGGAGCUAGCAUUGCAAUUGCAGGAGAGUGCAGACAAAGAUGCUAGGCUUGAGGAGGAAAUUGUCCAGCCCAAUGACAUGUGCAGUAGUAGUAGGAUUAGUGGACAAGAUUUCUCUGAGAUUGUGAAUCUUCAAGGUCGGUGA